UUAAGUUAUAAGUUCAGUUGCACAGUUUUAUGUUAAAAAGUAAAUAAGUCACUCUGAGGCAUUUUUAAUCAUUGAUCCCCUGUUAGUUUAUUUCCACACAGAGUGACUAAAAUGAAUUUUAGGUGUAAAAAUAAAUGAAUAAAUCAAGAUAAUUUGUUGUAAGUGAGGAUCCACCACUUUCUCUCAGAUUUCAGUGGUUCCGCAUCAUGUUUCGCUGGGACAUGUGGUCACUUUUUGUUGCUCUGUAAACUGAUCCCGCUGCUGUAACCAUGGCAAGACCCUGUAUAAUUCAUCAGCUCAGGAUGCUGCAAACAUGGAGGAAGUAGGUUGUAUUGGUUGAACUGCAUUUGUUAUUGUUGCUGUAAACACCUGACUAAAAUGGACUGUGGACUUCAGGACUGUGUUUCUGCUCUGUACGCCUCUCUGGGUCUGUCUGCUGGAGGAGAGUUUUCCUCCCAAGAUGUCAGCUUCCUCUUCGAUAAAGUGUUUCAUGUUUCCUCCAACACUGAUGAAGCGCGUGCAGCCAUGAAGAAGGUUGCUGGAGGUGACAAAAGCUGGUCCUGUUCAGGUGAAAAUGUUUUGGACGUUCUCAUAGAAAUGGAAAGGGAGCGAGAAAGAAAGGAAAUGUUGUACUGGAACUUUCAGCUUCUAAAUACUGGGAAUCUUCCUCACUUGGUGGAUCGCUCACAUCCAAGUGAUGCUGAUAUUUUCAAAAACACCCCCGACUCAGAUUCUAGAUCCAUUUGGCCACACACAACUGAGACUGCCUGGUUUCUGACCAGGGGUGUGCUGGGGGAAAAGAAACUCGGCCACAACAAAGCAAACGUGAGGAGGCUGAAGAAGGCAGCCGGUCACAGCUGGGCUCUACUGGCGUCAUUGGGCGUGCGAGGCCUUUUGCCGUCUCCCUGGCAGGGUCCAACGCUAGGCAUUCAAAGCCAGGCGUGGGGCUGCGUCUCCUUGUCGGACGUCCUCCUGUUGGUGGAAGUGAAGUACGACGCGGUCGCACACUUGCUUUACAGAGAGAUGCUUCAGGAGCAUCACACUGAGAGUGUUUGGGAGAAGCUGUCGCCGUGGCAACAACAUCAGGAAGUGGAGGUGCUGGAGGAAAUCGCAGAGGAGGCGUUAGAGUCUGUUGAUUUACUCGGUUUGGCGGUGCUGCCAGGAGCUUUCAGGAUAUACAAGAUGUGUCCAGAUGCAUCUUCAAGAAACUGCUCAGAGCUCAGGAAUCAGUCCUGGUCGGCUGUUUCUCUCCUAAAUGACUUACACACAUUUCGUAAACAAGAACAAAUCACACUAACAGCUCUGGGUCAAAGGUUGUGUGGAGAGAGUCUGAGAUCGUUGUGUCUCUACAUCCGCCUGGCAACUUACAGAGCUCAGAGAGAGAAAAUCUCCCACUUUGCUCUUCUGGCAGCUCGUCAGUCCUGGGAUUCAUGGCCUUGUGUUGUCAGUCCAUGCAGCGCAGAACAGGUUGCCCUGUGGUUUCAUGGGAGAGAAGAAGAGAACGAGGCCAUCAGGACACCAGAGCAGCAGACGGAGCUGCAGCUGCUGGUUUGGGUUCAGGAGCAGGAGAGGAAGCAGCUGCUCUCUGUGUUACGUGGGAUUUCGGUGGAGGAUUUGCAUGAGCCAGACAGUGGGCAGACUUCUUUAAGGGCUGGCUGUUUGAGGAGACUGAGACAAAUCCAUGCUCAGCUGCAGAAACAAAGGGAGACUCAGACCCCUUCAAAGCACACAAACUUUCAGACCCUAACACAGGGAGAGUGGUCGCAGGUUCUGCUGGAUGACUGUGCCAUGCUCCUUCUGACCCAUCUAAUAGAGCUUCAGGAGGUCCAAGCCUCGUUUUUACUGCAGGAGCUCCUGGAUCGA